UAUACCAUACCUCAGUAGUCCAUCUGCAUCACAAGCAUUCAUUUACAAGAUAGAAACACAAAGAUGAGUAGCCUCACCCUCACACGUCUCAUACUAUUUUUUUCAAUUUUCGCAGCCAUAACUCUCAAAUCAAACUCUCAGUACCUUCUUCCGAUCACCAAACACGAACCCACUAAUCAAUUUUACACCACUUUAAACCUUGGAUCCGGUGGGACAUCUUCCUCGAACCUCCUCCUUGAUCUCGAAACCAACCUCACGUUGGUCAACUGGAACAUAUUCAAUCCUCCACUUUUUGUCAACAACCUCGUGAUUUGCAAAAGCUCCACAUGCAACUCCAUCCCCGGCAAUGACUGCGACGACAACGGACUAUUCUGUGUUUACCGACAAUCAAGCCUUCUAGGUCAAAAUGUCGGCGUAAUAGGCGCUGUUGUCCAAGCCACAGUUAACAUCUCCACCACAGACGGUGGCAAUCUCCUCUCUCCAUUCACCGUCCACCCCUUCACAUUCUCUUGCGCCGGAGAGGAACCAUUACAAGCGCUUCCUCCUCCCGUCUCCGGAGUUCUAAGUCUUUCUCCCGUAUCUUCGUCGUUCACAAAACAGGUGACGUUAUUGUUUGGAUACAUCCCUAAAUUCUCUCUCUGCUUGCCUUCUUCCGGCACCGGUCAUCUAUAUAUCGCCACCGUUAACUACCUCAUCCCCCCCUUCAAUAGCGAUAAUCCCAUUCGGAUGACUUUGACACCGUUGAAAAACAUAUACACGGGGAAUUAUCUAAUCGACGUCAAAUCAAUCUACGUUGACGGAACUCCUUUGUCGUUUAACCCUAAUUUGCUUGCGGGCGGAGCCAAGCUAAGCACAGUGGUUCCUUACACCGUACUCCUCACCGAUAUCUACAAUGCUCUUGCUCAGUCCUUUACACUGAAAGCCAAGACAAUGGGAAUAUCUAAGGUUCAAGCAAUUGCGCCAUUUAAAGACUGCUUUGACGCACGCGCUGCAGGGAAGAACAUGACGGGACCGAAUGUGCCUGUGAUAGAUAUUGGGGUGCCAGGAAGGGGAGGAGAGGUCAAGUGGAGUUUUCACGGUGCCAAUACGGUGGUGAACGUGACGGAGACAGUGAUGUGUUUGGCGUUCCUCGACGGUGGACAGAACCCGAAGGACUUGUUGGUGAUUGGGACACAUCAGCUUCAAGACCAUAUGCUCGAGAUCGAUUUUAGCACAUCCCUUAUGGGUUUGAGUGACUCGCUCUUGCUCCAUAACACUAGCUGCUCCACGUGGCCUUCCCAAAACUAAAAUUAACCACACAUGACAAUAAAUAAGAUUGUGAUAUGAUCGACUCUGACGUUUCAGUUAUUAGUACACUCCUUUUUGGCGGUGUACCAUGUAUGACACGUUUUCUAUGACCACAUGUGUUCCAAUCGAAAUAAAUUAUCAU